UUAUGGCGUAGGCAACAGUGUACAUUAACACCGGCUGUUCUCGUCACUUCCAUAUCGGACCAGUCCAUUACAGUAAACUUAGGGGGAGUAACCUCUGACGUCGAAAUUCAAAACAACGAACCAAACAGUCCCUUUGUUUAUACCAAAAGACGUUAAUCCUCAUCAAAUCGAACGUAAAAAUUGACCGGUAACGUAAUAAGGACACGUUCCAGGCCGCUAAUCGAGCAAAAUGUGAAAAUAAUCGAAGCAAAAGUGUCAAGUUUGAGUGCGAGUGGUGCCAACGCAACGGACGAAACACGCGAAACGCACUGUUUCAGUUCGCAAUGUGAAAACAAAAAUGGUGUUGUGGUGUUGAAUACGUAAAUAAAUCAUUUAGCGACGUUCAUUAUGCCAAUUGAACCGGAAAUCGUUGCAUUUGACGCGAUCGUGAGAUAAAUUGGUGCGUGCUUGGUGACAAAUCGGACGAGGAACGGUUCAAAAUGGAGCUCGGCGAUCGCGUUUACGCCGCUGAGCGCAUUAUGAAAAAACGGGUCCGAAAGGGCGUCGUCGAAUACUUUGUGAAAUGGAAAGGUUGGAGCCAGAAGCACAACACAUGGGAACCGGAAGAGAAUAUCCUCGACGUCCGCCUGAUAGACCUGUUCGAAAAAAGCCAAAAAUCGGACGGUUCGCACAAACGCGGUCCGAAAAAGAAGGAGAAACACACCACCCCCGCCGAAACCGAGGACGAAAGUCGGCAGAGCGGCGAGGACAGUCAGGACGAAGGUCCGCCGCCAACUCCCAAAUCGAAACACGAAAAACAUAUUGAAGAUGAAGACGCGCAGGUCGGGUCCGAGGAAACCGAAAGCAGUAAGGACAGUCAGCCGGCGAUCGAGAACGACAAUUCCAACAGUUCGAAUAGCAGCGAAGAUCGCAGACCGUUGCUCUCGAGGAUAGAUGUUGCAGGUACAAAGAGGAAGGCGGAAGUUUUGUCGGAGAAGAGCGGCAAGAUCGGUGUGACGAUUACGACCAGCAGUCCCGUCAAUUCUAGUCCUCCACCCGCAAAGGUAUACCAUCUUAGUUAUGCUAAAUGCUCGUUAUUAAAAAUCUCGUUACAGACACCGAAAGUAUCAAAACAAACGUUGCCCGGAAGAGUGAACGGUCGACAGAAGUCCGAGGACGAACCGCUGAUUCCUGCGGCCUCCAGCCCUGCGGUUUUGACAGCGACUGCGCCGAGGACGAGCACCGACAAAAAAGCCGCAGCUUCGCAAGACGCUUCUUUACCGCACGCAGCCGUUAAAGAGCCGGCUUCCCCCAAACCAUUGGCAUCACGGACGGACGAAAAACGGCCGGACAAAAAGGCGGAACUGAAGGAGGAGGUGAAGGACGAGAAACCGCCGAUGAACGGCCACAACAACAACAACGUCCAGACGGCGAAUCCGACGACGGUGACGAGUCCGAGUUCGGAAUAUUGGAUAGCACGGAAUCCGGUCGCCGAUCAAGUAUUCAUCACCGACGUGACGGUCAAUUUGAAAACGGUGACGAUACGCGAGUGCAAAACGGAAAAAGGUUUCUUCAAAGAGCGCGAGAACAAAGAGGGACACUCCGACAUUGUUUGAUGAGAUGCGCUAGCGAGGAAUUGAGAUUUUUGUACAGGGUAGAGAAAAUUGAGGAAGACGAGACGAUUUGGUGCGGUGCUAGCUAAAUUUUCAGGCCGGACGAAACAGUGGGUAAUUUACAUGAGAUCAGUUUAGUUAUGCGAGUGUUUUUUUUGAGGCUAUAAGACACUGAUGCAUAAUAUGAAAGUUAUUUGAGAAUUGAAGUUUACUAUUGAAAUAUACGUUUCUUUUCGACUAAACACUUUACAAUUUAUAUUAUUUUAUUCAUUCGCUGAAGUAUUUAUUUAAUAUACAAUUCCUUUAUAAUUGUACAGUGAAACAGUUUUUCACUGCUUUUUAUACAUUUAUAUAUACACAUUGAUUUAUUUAUAUUUAAAAUAUCGAUUGGUAGGAUUAUUUUAAAUAAUUUAUUUGUAAAUUGUUUAAACUUAUUUUAAACUAUAUACAAUAACAAUUUCAAAAAUCGAAUUAUAUGAACCGAUUUCUGAAACUGUGACACGUUCAAAAAUAUAUAUUUUCUUAUUGAAAUUAUUUUCAAUAAUUAUAAAAAUCUAGUCUUAAAAGUUCAACGUACGAAAAUUUUAACACCUUUCUAAUAUUAAUAAUUGUGCUUAUAAAUAUAAAGUAGACAAGCCAUAUUGGUUUACAUAAUAUUAAACCUCAGACAUCAAAAGAAUCAUUGCGCAAUGUAAUAUUUGUUUUUAUUCCGCUGGUAUAAAUACAAAUGAAUAAAUUUCUGCAGUUGCAAUUGUACUUAUAGCUUUUGGCAAUUUAUUAGAAAGGUGUAAUUAUGUAAUUUACCCACCAAAUAAUAAAAUUGAAUUGAUUUUCAUUCCAUUGUAUUUCUGUUUGAUUUGAAUUCUCUUGUACAUAUGACACAUGUAUUAUAUAAUUAAUUUUAAUAAUUUUAUAUUGUACCUCUUAUUUAAUUAGGCCUUGUUGAUUAUUUAUUAUUACGAUUAAUUUAUUUCUAAUUGGCUUAAGUAACAUUUGAAAAUUGUACAUAAUUUUAUUGAAAAAGUGUAAAUUUUGUAAGUCACAAACACAUUGAAUUAUUUUUAAAUUGUACAUAUAUGUAAAAUAAUUUAAAUUUGAAAUUGUUUUUGUUAAUGUUAAGGUAUUUUUGAAAUAAAACGUA